UUGCCUCAGUCGAGCCGCGGAGUCGGCAGAGUCAUGUAGCAGCGGGCCGCACGCUCGUGUGCUUCGCGCUGAGUGUGUGAGUGAGUGGGUGUUUUGUACUACAGUGUGGAUGCAACAAGACGUGUGUGUUAGUGUGUGUGUGUGUGUGCAACGGCCUUGUGGAUAGCGGCCCGCCUUGCAAUGCUGCGAUGAAGAAGAUGGUGGUGGAUAAAGUGAUUUGAGUGAAAGUGCUUUUACAAAAGUGAUCGACAUGAAUCAGUGCGACGUACAGUGGAUACACUUGGACCCGCUUCAUGCCAACCGAUUCGACGAUGGGGUCGCCGUGAACGGCUGCUCGGACUACUCCAGCUCCUCCAGCAGCGGCCACAGUGACAUCACAGACCCCGGCUCGCCGUUCAGCGUGUCGAGCGAGGACUCGUCGGCGGCGCCCUCCCCCGCACGGACUACCCCUGCCGCCCCCACGCCCGCCCCCGCCGCCCCCGCCCUCAAGCAGGACCCCCAGAGCGCCGGGGGCGGCGUCGGCGUCGGAGCCACCGUUGGGGGCGGCAGCUGGGCCUGGGCCGGCGAGUCCGAGCUCGUGCAGGCCGUGGCCGUGGCCGUGUCGCCGCCCCCAGAGGCGCAGCCCGCCGCCCCCACCACCGCCUCCAAAUGCAACGUGAAGCGCAACCUGGACGGCCUGGAGGGCCUGGAGGGUCGCCGCAGUCCCGUCAACAUCAACAGCAACAACAACCUCCUCAGCAACAAGAAGCUCAAAGUGGAACCGGCACCUGCCACCACCACCACCACCGCCCUGUGUGUUCAAACCUCGACCACUCCUCCCUUUUUAGAGACUAAGAAAGAAUGUUUUGUCAAAACGGAGGACGCCACUGAGGGAAAUGGUGUCCAGCAAACUUUUGAACCAGACCAUCGGGGGAAGAUAACUCACUACUACAAGCCGAAGAAAAAGCCUGAUGAGAAGCGGAUACCUCUGGUUAAAGCAGUGACGAUGGGGUUCACUCCAUUUAUGCCAAUCAUAGCAAAUAAGGGCAGUUUACAUAAAAUACCUCCUACGCCUCCUGAUAAAAGUGGACAGGUUAUAAAAAGUGAACCAUUAAGCCGAAAAAUGAUGGAUAUCAAAGUGAACUCAAUUUUCAAAUGUCCCGCUGCUUUUGACGUCAAAAAGGUUUCAAAUGGUCUUCUUAUGUCUUCUAAACUGCCUGAUGUUGUGCCAAAUGAAACUGUUCAAGCAAAGUUGGACCCUGAUGACAAGAAAUUGAUUUCCAUGCCCUCCCUGUUCAAAAGUGGCUCAGAAAAAAUUAAGUCAGAACUAAGUUUAAUCACCUCAGCUGUACUACCAGUAGCCCUGUGUAGUCGACUGGAUGAAAAGUGGACCACUUGUUCCGAGUCCCCUUCCUCACCAAAGUCAAGCCAGACACCUGCAGUAGCCAGCACACCGCCUUUUACACCUGUGCCAAGCGAGAUCCCCACGGUUGUCAGUGUAUCGACUCCCACCAAACCAGUGAGCAAUACCACUCCAAUAGACAGGACAGUUUCUUCGCAAAGCUGCUUAAGUAUUAGGGAGCAAUGUAAUGUUAAGGAAAGCAGACCAGGAGUUACCACGGAUGUUGUAGAGAAAGUGUCUGAAUCAGUUGUGCCCGAGGCUGUGAUAUCUUCGAAUGGGCAGGCUGAGCCUGUGUCUGACCAAUUGACUGUGAAUACUGCCACCACCACCACCACCACCUCUUCGUUCCUGAUACCUGCACCUGUAGGACCAAAAUCUCCUAUUUUAUCGGUGCCAAAAUCCAUUCGGUUUCCAGCCCGCUCAGCUACAAAACCACAAGCAGAGCCCCAAGUGGAUGAGGUGGUUAGUUGUCUUUGGACAGACUGCACACUGAGAUUUAACUGUGAUUCUUCUCUUCUGGAACAUCUUCAGGGGGAGCAUGUGAAUCCUCAGAAGACUGAUUCAUUUGUGUGCCACUGGGUGGGCUGCAAAGUGUUUGGACGGUCAUCAUGUUCGAGAUCCUGGCUUGAAAGGCAUGUUCUUAGUCAUGGUGGCAAUAAACCUUUCCGAUGUAUUGUUGAUGGAUGUGGUAUGAGGUUUAGCUCACAGUUAAUGCUGGAGCGACAUGUCAACUGGCACUUCAAGCAGUCUGAAUCGCCUUCAAGUAAUGGAUCAGCACCUCGACGCAGCCUGGACACACCACCAAAUAGGUUAAUCAAAAGAUGUGGAAAGAAGCUGAGAUAUAGAAGACAACCAUGGUCAGCUCGCCAGUUUGAUUAUUUCGAUUCGGGUAUCAUGGAGGGACUUCAAUACCAACUUGUUGUUCAAGCAGAAACCAUGGAUCUGGAUAGAAUGCCUGGAAGCAAUGUUACUCUUUAUUCAAAGAUCAUGGCUCAACGUGUGCAACCAGAUGGAAGUCUUUCAGUUUUGUUACGGUGGUUUCCUAGGAAUUGUGUGGAAGAUGAGUGGGUGCUCAAGAGAGAUGUGAGAUCUACCCGAACUGUUCGACUAACAGAGUACCCUGAAUCCGUCGAGUCGUUAUCAUCAGCCGGUGGUUCUGUGUAUUCAUCCCCUCCUUCAUCACCAAUUUCUGUGAUUUCUGCAUCUUCUACUGCUGAGUUUGAGGAUGAAGCUCCCACUACCUCAACUUCGAAUUUCUGGGUGCUAAAGGCUCCUGCAGCAAUGGCAAAAUCUGUGGCGGACUCAAAACCUCUACAAUCCAGAAAAUCAAGACGAAAACCUAUCAAGAAGGCUGCUGUUACCUGAAGAAAGUUCCUCUUAAUUAAUGUGUUUUGCAUCAGAGUCAUUCCAUUUUAAGUCACCUUGUGGUUGAAUCAUGAGGUUGUACCUUACAGGAAUGACACUGAGACUCUAGAGUGAUUCUUUACCCCAUUUGUCUAAUGUGUUAAUAUGAUUAUGCUAGUAUUUCUUUUGUUGGCUCACUAUCUUUGUCAAUGCAAGAUGAGUUGUGUUACUGGUGUUACUUUAAAUAUAUAAGCACUCAGGAGUUUUCCUGACUGUUUUGUCACUGCCCUCUGCAAUAUGCAGUUCUGUCAAUCAUAUUGGUUGGCUAUGUGAUAUUGUAAAGGUUAUGACUAACUUUGUCAUCUCCUGGAUUUUGUACUGACAUUAUUCCAUGUGAAAAUUUGUGUCUUUAUGAAGGCAAAACUGGAGCACUUCAUGUUCACUUACUUAAAAGCAUACCAGUAAGGGCACUUUUGUGAUAAUCAUGCGCUGAGGUCAUUAAAAUUAUUGCCAUGCUGGGAUGCUUUCACUUUACCUGAUUGAUAAAUUUGUUAAGUAAUUGUUACUUAACAUUGUACUGUCCUAGAAAUUUUGAAAGCUUUUCCCACCCUGAAUGCGACACAUUUAUAUUUUGGAAAAGAGUAAAAAUGUCUCCAAAAUUUCAUCCUUUAGAUAUCUUGUUAUAGGUUUUUUUUUGUGUUUUUUAUUGACUUUGGAAAAAUAUAUGCAUUUAUAGAAUGCUAUAUAGUGUUCUUGAAUAUCAAAUUUAUUUUUAUGCUUAAAGUUUAAAUGUCAACAUCUCUCUCAUUAAAAAAUAAAUUAAUACUACAUACUAAGAAACUUCAAGCCAUGUUAGUGCCUUAGACUGAAUUUCCAGGGUCCAACUUCUGAAAUCUUGUUUGAUGUUCAUAAUGUGGCUUUGAAUUUCUUUUCAUGUGUCAAUUACUAGCUUGCUGGAAUGGGUUGUGUUCAUGGUGAAAGGAAAACUUUGAAGAGCUUGUGAGGAUGACCUGUGUGCCAAAAUGAUGUAAAACAAAACAGCAGGAAGUUUGGGAAGUAAUUGCCAUUUUUCAUUGACAAUGUGAUCCUUAGCUCCUUGUAUCUAUUUCGCUCUGAUCAUUUGGAUCAUAAGACUGACCAGUGAUACAUAGAUAUCCAUGAAAUAAUAUUGUCAAAUGGGUGUUUGUUGAGAGCGGAAUUGAGAAGAGAUUGAGGAUAGCUGGUAAUACUAGGAUGAUGUAUUCAUGACAUACCCCUGUUUCUACCCCACAAUGUGUGUUCUGGUUAAGGAAGGUGUUCAGAUUAUGUACUUUUCUAAAGUUAAAUUUCUUUGUUGAUGUUAAUCAGUGCAGUGUAGUUUUCAAAACUACAAAGUUAAUAUCUGCCUCUUAGCACUGACAUUUUUAUCAAUUAUGUGUAGUAAAGCAUCUUGACUUCUAUGACGUUUUUUUUGUAUGUUUUCGCUGAAACACUUAAGGUGUGACAGAAAUGCAGGUGUGUGUGAAUAUUUAUCAUGUGCUUUUAGUUUUGUUUCUUUGUUUCCAAAAGGACUUUGUUAAUCUACUGUAAGUCCGGUCUUUGCAGACACCCAAUGUUUUAAAAAUAAUGAUUUGAUGGAUAAUCCACAUGGUUUUAAAGACGCUCCUGUAACUCUUAAACACGUUGUUACACAUGUGAUGAAUCUCUAAAGUGAGUUUUGAAUGUUAAUUUUCUUGUGUGGUACAAAAAAUAUUGUGUAGUGAUGUCACCUCUUUCAACAGGGUUAUUUUUAAUAUGAUUUUAAACUAGAAAAUUUUUAAUCUCUCUUCUCCCUCUUGUUUUUAUUUUAUUAUUAUUCUUGUGCAGAUUGAAAAUGAUUUUAAUCAAUUCGAGGACAAAUACCUUUUGUAGGCUAUGAGCCGCAACCAUCAUUAACUGAUUCCUCAAGUUUAAGUUAUAUAUUAACAAAUGUGCUUCAACUGCCAAUAAUGAAACAAUCAGCUGCGUGACCACACUGCCAACGAUGAUUCGAUGACGUCUGUGGGUGGAUCUCUUAGUUUUUAUUAUGUUAAAUGGGGUGGAGCAUGCUAUUUUUGAGUGUGCUUUACACCAAGCUUGAAGAAUGCAUACUUAAUUAUAGGUUUAUGCUGUGUAGCAUAGUUUAAUCAAACUUCAAGUUGAAGUGAUAAUUUCAGCGAUGAUUAUCGCUUAACUGUGUAAAUAAUAAUGAGAUGACCGAUAUUGAAUGUGUUCUACUGUAUUUGGAUAUUAUUUAAGCCUGCAUGGCAAUUUAGCAUCAGUGCCCAUCAAUGCCCAGUGUCAUGCUAGAGUGAUUUUGGAGUAUACUGUAUCAUACUCUAUGUGUACAAAUGGAUUAUUUGUUAUUUCUUUUGGAAACAAAACAAUGAUAUUUUAUUGUAAAACAAUCACUGCCAUCUUUCUAAAUCAAGUGAGUGACUUGUGCCUACCACACUAAAAGUUUUCAUUGAAUGGUUAAUUUGGAUUCAUGUCUCAGACUCAAUCAAGGAUGCAAAGAAUAAUGGGUUUGUGAAAAAUAACCACUUUCAGCUUUGUGCCAUAACACACUAAUCCUGCCAUUCUAAACCGUUAAUAAUAAUGUGGUGUGGGUGGCACAUACAUAUGUUUUGUUACUACUCAUCAAUUUUUCAGGAAAAGAUAUGUGCCCCUACACUUGAUCUCUAAAGCUGCAUUCUGCCUGAAGUUAAAACGAAAAAUGAGAGAAACAUAAUUUGAUAUCGAGCUAUGCUUUUCAUUUCAAAAACUCAACUAGACUAGGUUUGAUUAGUAUGAAAUUUCAUUUGAUUUGUACUGCUUAUUACAAUUAUUGUUCUGACAAAUGUCAAAAUUUAGAGUAAGCUGUGGCACCUCUGUGUUCAUGAUGCAGUUUCAGUCUUUUACCCAGCGUGUUCAUGUGUUAGAAGUAGCAUCAAAGCAUGGCCAAGUUUAUGUGAGCAUUCCACAAGAGACUGCUUUGUCUGAUAAGCAUUUAAAGUGCUUUUAAUUUGCUCCUUAAAAUUUGGAGCUUUAGUCUGAUUCUUGAGUCCUGUUUCCCACAACAAUUUUGUUGAAAGGGAACAACCUACUUGCAACUCUGCAAAAUCAAAAGAAUUUGUCUUGUCUUUCAACUUCUUCUAUUUUACAAUUUAUUUGUGACAUAUUAUCCUUUAUGGCCAUUUCUUGUUGAACUUUUGAAGUCAUGUCAUGCACAUAUUAAUAUCAGUUUUUGUGUGGUGUGGUAAGGGACCAUUUAUUCGUUCAUUCAGUUUUUGUGUUCAGAUCAUUAAUUUUGGUCAUUCUUUGUUUUAGGUAACCUUAGGUUCUUCUUUUAUCAUGCUCAAUAAAAAUUGAGCUCAUUUUUAUGCCAAGGAAACCCAUUGUGUUCUUUGUAGUGUUUGUGAGUGACUAUUGCUUUCAAUUUAAAUGAAUUUUUCAGAGUCAUACAUGAAAAUUUGAAAGAAAUGUCACUGACAUUCUUUUAUAGUUUUUUCUUUUUUUUUGGAGGGUCACUGCCAAACACUUGUUAAUGAAUUGAAAAUGGAGUAUGGACUAUGUGGCAGCUCCAUUGUUAAUUUUCCAAUAAUAAUGACAAUUAUUUGAGCUGCCUGUUACCUUCUCUUAUUUUUUCUCUAUUUUCCUCUGACUGUUAAAGUCAUUAAUGAGUCUGCAGGUUGCUACCAGUUUUCCACAGUCAGUUGUCUAGAAGUCUCUGUAGUUAUGUCCAGAAUUUCCUUAGUUCUUUUUGUCUUAAAAGCAAUGUGUUCAUUUUAUUGAUUAAGUGUAAAGCAUGUUUAUGUUUCAAGCAGAAAAAGAAACUGUCUCUUAAGGCCUUACGACUAUGUGGACUUACCUGUAUUCCGUGUAAUGGUAUUCAUAUCAUUUGCAGUCUUUUUCCCAUGCUCAAUAUCAUCGUAUUCAUCUCUCAGUGUUACUGUACCUUUGUGUUGGUAAUAACUUGUAUUAUGUAUAUAUGAUGUACAUACAGUGUACAUUACAUGAUCAAUUCUGAUUAAGCUAUUUAAUUCUCUCCAACAUCAACCUGGUAAAUGUAUAUAUAGCCAUUUAAGUUGUCAGUGCAUUAUUUUAGUUGAAUUCCCUCCUUUUCAUACAUGUACUUCACAUCAUGUUCUGUGUUGUUUUGUUGUUUUGCUGUUUGUUGUUUUCCUCUGCUUUUCCCAAAAGGACUGAUGGCCUCUUGCAUGUGUUUCAACUCGAACCUUUUAUUUUGAGUUGAUUUCUAAAUGAAUGCUUUGUGUAAGUUUUCUGGACAAAAUAUAUUUGUUUUCUUUUUGUCGUAGUAUUGUGAUAAAAAAUAAAGAAAUCCAGUGCUUUCUGGUUUUCAUGAUUGGAAGCAAGAUGACAUUGCAUUAUCCAUGUGAUGUUGCAUGUACAUUUGUGUUGAUGAAGGCGUGAGUAGGAUAGCAGUAGGUGGGUUUAUGUUGCAAGUUACGAAUAGUGCCUAUCUCCCUUUUUUCAGAAGUGUAUAAGUUUUCAAUAGUACAAGUUUUUAUAAGGUAAGGUUAAUUUAAUGUGUAAAAAUUUUUUAGACCACUGGGAAAAACCAUAACAAGCAAAUCCUUUCUUGGUGAAAGGAAACAAGUUUGAUUUAUAUGUCUGCUGCAAAAAUGUAACACGCUUGAAUUUGAAAAUUUGUCUUUGUAAAUGAUCAUUAUGUUAUAUUAAUAACUCAAAAUUCAUGGCUGACCAAUAUGCAAACCCAAACCCAUGAACUGUGCUGAGAUAUCAGUAAGCUUCUGACUUUUGAUCUGUCAAUAUGGAGCUGUUAUUUCUUAGUACAUCAAUAUAUUUUUUGAAAGCCCAAUCGGUGUUCUACAGUGGUGAUGUCACUCAAAAUUGUGUAAAUCUUAGAUUGAAAUUUUAAUCGAGCAUUCUCUACUGAAAACUAGAAAGCCUGGGUUAUGUAAAGUAAUAUUUAUAAAUUGAAAAAAAAGGAAAAAAAUGUAUGUUGUACAGAAUGUAAGUCUCAUUAAUUGCAGAGAUGGAGUCAUAUUGUGGAAGAAAUGUUGUACGUUGUACCAGUCGUGUACUGUUAUCAUACUCACUUCAGAUAGAAGACUAGGAGGUGUUGAAAAAUAUAUCUAUUAUUUACUUUGA